AUGGCUACCAGCCUGCUUCCGUCAGCUGCUACAGCGUCUGCGAUGGCUCGCAGGCUGGCAGGGUUGCAAUUUUCGGGCGCGUUCAAGCGCCUUCACCUGCCCAGAAACGUACACCUGUCACUGCUGCGAUCGUUCUGCGUGUCCGCGUACAGCAAGGGCGUCGGAAAACACACGGGAACGCACGAAAUCAUCCUCACAAAGCAGCGCGCCCAGGACUUGAUCGUGAGGCUCAAGCCCGAGGAGAGGAAGAUUCUCAUGGAAGAGCUGACGGCGCACGUCGAUAAAACCGAAAAAGAUGGGCAAGCAACGACGCCCACUGGUGAACAGCUGCGGUUAAUGGCCAUCCACAAUGCGUUGCCGUUCGUGGGCUUUGGGUUUCUCGACAACUUCAUCAUGAUCGUGGCGGGUGACUACAUUGACACCACCAUUGGCAUUGGACUUGGCAUCUCAACAAUGGCAGCUGCUGGCCUGGGCAAUGCCAUAUCAGAUGCUGCUGGAAUUGGGUCUGCUUGGUAUGUGGAGAAGCUGGCAGUCAGGAUUGGUCUCCAGGCUCCAAACUUGAGCCCUGCUCAACUAGAGAUGGCUGCCACUCGAUGGAGUUCCAACAUUGGAAGGGCUGUUGGCGUCUUCCUGGGCUGCAUUCUGGGCAUGUUCCCGCUGUUGUUCCUCUCUUCGAAAGAGGAUGUCAAGCAGCGAUCAGAAGCGCACCAGUUGCAAGAACACAAGUCUUCCACCAGUUGAGCUUGCCUCGGCGGCCCGCCAUCUUUCGCCCUUCUGCCGAACCUCCUGCCAAAGAUUCUCAACUUCCUGAGCGUAGUCUGAUCUUUCUGGUCUGCACGUCCAGUCUUCGUUCCAUUAUGGACGGGUAGGCAGUUACGCACCUCUCUGCUUUUUUUCUUUGGACCGACUGCAGGCAUAACCUAAACCCGGCUACUAGGUAAGCCGUAAUGGACGCCUACAAACUCUCUAUAUUUAAUAAUGUCUCAUGACCUUUCAUGAAAUCGUCUUGAUUGUGCACGUGAUUUACGAGCCCACUUUUGUGGUGAUGUUGUUAACCCGUUGUAAUUGAUUAUUUUAUUGUGAGCUGCCAUCGUGUCUCGUUGGUGUAACACUCUUGUCCGCACAGUUUUUCUUGCGAGAACUUCUGUCUGGUGAUGUUUGAUCGGACAGGCGAGACGGACAGGCGAGACGGACAUGCUGGUUGGUCAGUUGAGCAUUGUUUGUUCUUUUUUGAUAGCAGCGUGCAUGGAAUUGCUGGGUUGUGAUAAUGCCGCGAGACUUAAAGCAGUGUCCCUUACAAAUGCGAGAACAAAUUGAAAUCUUGUAGGCUUGGCUGUUGGUUUAGGAGUUGUUAAAUAUUGAAGCGCAACAUUUUCCACCGUUGCAUUUACUUGAGACGUGAGUGCUUUUUUCAGGUUAGUUAGCAUACCAAAUUUUUCUCGUGACUAUUCACAAGCUCAGUGAGAAACGUCGUAUGCCGUUAACUUUAAAGGGGUCCUGAACCACCCCUCAUACUUGGUAAAAAACGCAACCUGUGGAAAGCAGACACUGCUAUGAACAACUUGGUCAAAUCAUCCAGAUUUGUGCGGAAAGGAGAGUUUACAGGCGAAGUGUGAAUCGGCCAUUUUCUGAGGCACCAUCUUUCUCAUACGAAGGCCUGUGCUCACUUUAUUUGGAGCUGCCGAUGCCUGCGGUUUCAUAUUGGAAAUUACCACCGCUAUAUUCACAAAGCGAAUGAUGUAAGAGGAGCUUGCUCGGAAGUGCACGGGACAUUUUUUGGUGAGACCAUUUCGGUAGGAAGGCUUCUUAAUGAGUUGGUGCAUGAUGUGUACGUCGAAGAAAGCGUUUUCGGCCAAAUUUCGUGGCUGGCACUGCACAGUGUUGGCCACAUUGAUCGGCACGUUAACCACUUGUCUCUUUAUGCCAUACUGGUCGCUGCCGUGAGCCAAAUGCCUAACACUCUUAUAUAGCAGGUGUGAAGCUAUCAGGCGUUUUUUAACGGGGUUGAAAGUGGGCAGGUUAGGGGGCUUGAGAGGAUAUCGGUGCCCGUGCAUAACACUCAUUGUAGGAACUUGUCACAUGCUGCAAAACGACGAAAACCAAGUGGACGUGGUCGCGAGGAGGCGAGCACCUGGGUCAUCGAAAACUGACGCCUUGGUUUGUGGUGCAUCAUCUAGUGAGCAUUCUUGGAAUCACAGGAGUGGCUACCGAAGUGGCAAUGGGAGAAGUGUACGCUGGCAACGCUGGUGUAGACGCUGGCGACCACUGGACAAGGUGCGAGUGUAAUAAGCUUGCCGAGCAAGCUCCUAAAACAGAUAGCAUGCUCUUGGCAAAUAACCGACAUAAAUAAACAGCAGCGUUUGCAUCAAAUGUGCUUAUUGCCACCUAGUUUUGGUGCUGUAGUCCAUAGUCUGCUAACAUUACACAGUAGCUCCACUAGCGCCUGCAGGAAUCGCAGCUGGAGAGAGCAAUUGUGUUUCACCACACGUGCUCAAGGUCAUUAUGCGCACUAAUGUAACUUCUUUUGUCCACGCAAUCCCUCCCUGCCUAGCGUGUAGUGCACUUGUCUGAAUGAGAAAAAGCUCUCAAGGCAUUCAACAAAUCUACAUAACUUCGCUUGCUAUUGACGGAUUUGAGGAAAUUUUGCAGCGAUCGAUUUGUGAGGCAGUAAGCUCCAAUACUGAGGCCAUUCGAUGAUAACUUGGGAAAAUGGUUCAGGGUCCCUUCGAGGUGUGCACUGUUCUGUGUACUAACAGUGUGAACAAACACAACAAGUGGCACAGACACGAAAGUACUUAGUAGAGGUAACUGAAGAAGGUGCAUAUUUAUGAAACACACUGUGUUGCCGUUCAUCUAGUAUCAUACCUUCUCAUAUUGUAAGGGCCGCUGCAAGUCAGCAACCUAACCUUACUGAUGUUGCGUUGAGUAUAUCAUGCGCUGAAACGUAAUGACGCAAACUCUGACGUACAGCAUGUUCAAUUAACAGUCAGUUUUAGAUCAUCUCAAGCACUUUGUUGAGCAUGUUCUCUUAGCCAACGUGACGGUUGGACAUUAGCUGCUAGCUCCGGUGCUCUUUUCACCAUUAUAGCAAUCAUUCACGUAGUCAUAUUUUAGAUUUCUUUGUAGUUUGUAUGUAGAGGGCGACUAUUUUCGAAGCCUGCGUAUCCUUAACAAACUGCACUAGUCCUGUACAUAUUUUGCAACCAGUUAGAUAUUGGUGCUUAUUGGUGGGCUGCCCCAAUGGCAUCUUAAUAAAGGUGCAAAGGUAUCUUCAGCCUUUCACUUUCAAUGAAAUUCACUACUUCAUGAGUAGUGAAGGGGCAUAAAAAUAUGUGACACACACCUGCCAACAUUUCUGAAACAUGGUGGUACGCAGCUACUGUUUUUCUGUAGUGUUCCAUAACAGUGUGCAGAAACUCAUUCACGAUGCACGUGUGCAAACUAAUUGCUAUCAUUUGAAAGAGAGGCAUCGUACAGGACGGAAUGUAUGAAUGGGUGUGUUGGUCGAAUGAAAACUUAAAGGUGAAAAUUGAUGAGACAGCCUGAGCGUCUUGCCACAUCUGUUCACAUUUGUUUGCAUUCGUUAUACAGGUUGUUUGACUAUCGACGCAUUUAUGAGGCUCCCGCUUAAACUGAUUGUACAGAAACUGAUGUUUUGUACAGAAACUGUUUACAUUAAAAAACGCAUCGCUGUAAACUGAGGCUACUAGAAAAAACCUCACUAAUCUAGAAGAAACUUCAUAUUGGACCAAUAUAUGAAGAACAGACAAGCUCGCUGUGCUGAGGUGUCACAUGGUUUGGUGAAACUUCACCUGGGAGUGAGAAUUGAACCAAUUAUCAUUGUAAAGCACAUCAGCACGAUAGAUCGCCGGUUGUUUCUUGUAUAUGCCAGUGCGUAUAUCAUACACGACUGGUUAGGAUUUGCACGCCCUUACCAUAUAUUUGAGGUAAUGUGUUCAUUGCGACAAAACAGGUGCACAGGAAUUAGAAAUUUUCAGUCGAUAUUUCUGUUUAGUGUUCCUUAAAAUUGCACUAGCUUGAUGUUACUGGCACAAACUGUGCAUACCUGCAUGUUGUGGGGUUGGAGUGCUAAAAAUCGGCACCUGCAAAAUGCUCAAGAUCGCAUUCACAUGUACAAGGAACAGUUUUGCACAUAUAAAUAAAUGGCAUGCAAUACACCAAACACGCUUAAUUGCAAUGGCAGCUAGCCAGGUAGCUAUAACUUAAUGGGCCUGAGCACUGAGCUGCGGCUUACUCGUUGCAAGUCUAUGCCAGAAGCUUGAUUUUUAUUUUGGGAUUAGUGGUGUUGGGUUUGUUGUGUGCAUUGAACAUCUACCUUGCUGGGGCCACAACGCUGAGAAGACUACCGAGUGUUCGGCACACAACAUCGCUGAGCUGACGUUUUAUGUUUUUCUCAAGCCCAUAUUGCACAAACAUCUGUAAUAAUCAUCCGCUGCUGGAAUGUCUUUAACUUUGUGUAGCUAUUUAGUGGGUUUCGUCAUAUUGUUGUAAUGUUUAGUGUAGUAUAUAGACGUGUUUGUGUGUACAUUGAAGCUCAUAUUAUUUUCCACUCUUUAGUCCCUCUUUUUAUGGGAAUCUUUUAUUACAGUGCCAGCUCACCUACAUAACAAUCAAUGCCAUCCUUUGGCUCAAAGGGAACACUUGAGAGCUUGAAGAAGGCUAGAUAGUGCAGAAUUCACAUCAGUGUGUGUGUGUGUGUCUCUAAACAAAAAGUCACCAGGGUAGCUACUUUAGAUGAGGCCAGAGGAUGAGACAUGGAGAAGACAGUUUAGAAAACAUAGUUAUUGUUACUAUGCUAAGAUGCACAGUCUGGAGGUUUUUAUAGAACUUCACUUAUAAAAACUUAGUCCAGUUCUUCAGUUAGGAUAUAAAUAGUUUGAAGGAGUUAUAAGUCACUCUGCUAAUAAUCAGUUUGUAUUUAGUUGCUCUGAGUGGGUAAUGGUUUAUCUAAGCACCAGCAUUCUAAGCUGUAAAAGCAGUACUGUAGCCCUCACAUAUGAAAUAAUGAGGUGUGUAUGCACACCGCAAUUCAACUGCUUUAAAAUAACAACCUAAUUAAAAGCCAGAUGUUAAAAGCCCUGACCGUUCACUUUUGCUGAUAUUGCACCAUUUGCAGAUACAACUUUGCCCCAUAACACUUAUCAUUGAUGUGGCUGUUUUCCUUCUCUGACAUGCAUGGAGCAUUUUCCCAUAAAGGUCUCCAGAAAGUUCUCUGUUCUCUAGAAGAUUCAAUCUGGCAUUCUUUGGUUAUAAGUAGUCCUUGUGUCAGUAAGCACCAAUAAGAGAGUGUAAUCAUGUUAACAUCCCAAAAGGUGUAAAUUCUAUGUCUAAAAGGUAGUCACCACGGUGUUUUAGGUUAGUGUACACCUAAAGUUAAGGAGCUCAAACAGCUUAAAUGUUAAAAAGGCAUACAAAGAUGUAUAGAAGGUGUACAAAAGGGGCUGACAGGCCACAGAGCCUUCAUUUCAUGAAAUCAUUUGGGUGUGCUGUAUAGAGAAAUCCCACUUGGAUGGAAAUAUCUCCACAGAGUGUGUGAUCACAUUAGCAACCCGAGAUUCUAAUUCUGCAACCUGAGGGUUCAAAUAUUUUAUCUAUGUCUAAGAAAUUUUUGGAAAUUGCAUCCUGGCAUAUACUGAUCGUGGCUUUUGUCGUGUUCCUCUGCACCGAGAUUCAACAGUGCCUCUCUCUUGUAUUGCUGGGAGACACCACACCGAGAUUCCCAUGACGGCCUUUGUGAUAAACAGGGUUCUUGCCAAGAAAAUUUCUGGAAACCCUACCAUCAUGCAUUCAGAGCAUUUUUUUAGAUGCCACAGUGUCCAAGUGUUUGCUCUGCGUUUCAGGUUACGGGAUGAGUGCAUACAGUAGAGCUUGCUGCGACAACUUUCGUGGGACGGUUUUGCUUGCUUGAGAGUUUCUGGUGAAAAUGACUGCCAUCUGGAAUUGCUUAUUUAGGCUAAAUAGCCGUUCAUUCAUGCAACAUAUUUUUAUAAUUGCUUGAUGUUGACAGCUUUAGUUGGAAUUUUAUGUUUUGUGAAAACAUUUAAGUGCGCAAGUCACAGAUGCCUGCCAGUUUUGCAGAGCAAUAUUAUGUUCCAAGUCCCUCAUUCCAAAAUAUAUAAGCUUGCUUUGGAAGUGGGCACUUAAGCUUGCACUGUCUCGAGGGCUGUUGUUCUAGUGGACUGCUGUAUUGUAUCUAUAUUUAAAGCUGCCCAUACAAUCGCCACCCAUUCAGCCUGUGAGUUGUGAUAUCUUUUACCUGUGCUUGUUAAUAUAUGCAGUGUUCACCUAUUUUGCUGCUAAAAUAAGAUAAUAUAGCAUCGUCCCGAUGCUCUGCUGACGUGUGUUUGAAAGCAAUAUACCAUGACCAAACAUGCAUCAGGACUCUGGUGCCUAUAUUUUGUUGACACUGUACUUGUUUGUAUUGUUGCUGUUAUAAUGUGCAUGACUCCUUCACACUUGUCUUUAUGUGAGUUCGCUCUUUAAUAACAGUCAUAUUUUUAAAUUUAUUUAAUAACAUUUCUUUAAAGAAAAAACAAUAACGAAGAUUAUGUACAAGUAUGUUUGAUAUACAGCAAUUAUUUAUAAGGUUGCACCCUCGUAUUGUGUUAUCGAAGUUCAAUGCACUGAGCAGAUAGUGUAUUGCUUGUGUGACAUUGAUAAAUUUUCAUGGGAAAAUUACUUAUUUUUAAUUGUGAAGAAUCAUUAACAUGGUUUAAGAAACAGUCUUUUGAUGGUGGAAAAAAAUUGUUUUUGUCUGGAAGAAACACCCAGCCUCUGAGGUGGGGCAUACCUUUUACUUGCUUCUGUAAAAUACAAUAAAGAUGUAUCAGCAUUUGGA